CGCCGCUCGAAAGCGCCUCAGAAAGCGGCCGGCGGUUCCAGACGGGAGCUUUCUCGCUGUCCAGCCAGGGCGGGUCACGCAGUUGGGAGACAAUGGCCACCUCCCAAAAGGCGUGCAGCGAGCUCGAACGCGCCUUCGUGCCCGCCCUGGCGGCGACGCUGCAGCGCUACCUCGACUCCCUGGAGGCCGUGGUGAGCAGCCCCGCACAGCUGGAGGCCACCCGGCGAAUCGUGCACCAGUUCGAACACGGCGGCGGAAGCAACACACAGGACGGCAAAGGGAGCCGUGACGCGCUGGGACCGCUGCUCCAGGAAAAGCUCAGGCUCUUCGCCUCAUCACGCGAUAACUGGGUGACCGAGCUGUGGCUAGACGACAUGUACCUGAACAACAGUCAGCCGCUUCCUGUAAACUCGUCGCCUUUCUACCUCCUCCCAAAGCAGUGUUUCGCCACUUCCGCGGACCAGGCCAGGUUCGCUGCCCGAUUCAUCGAAUUCGCGGUGCUGUUUAAGAAAAAAAUUGACAGCGGCACCCUGACUCCCGACGUGCAAGGCCGGGGUGGCACUCGGCAGCCCCUUUGCAUGCAGACCUACAAGCAUUUCUUCCCGGCCUACAGGAGGCCUGGCCCCACGAAAGACGACCUACUACUCGACACCGCAUCGCAGCACCAGGAUCACGUCAUCGUCGUCUGCAGAGACCAGUUCUUCAAGCUGCGCAUUCCCCUCGACCAAGGCCCGUUGGAUGUGGAGGCGCUGACGCGACAGCUGCUCAGCAUCAAGCAACAAGCAAAAGACCCCUCCGAGAGGCAGCCUUCCGUAGGCGCCUUCACUACCGAACAGAGGCGCACGUGGGCUGGCAUUUACGUCAAGCUGGCACGCAGUAACGUGAACCAGAGCUCGCUGCAGAGCCUAGAGACGUGCCUAUUGGUGGUAUGCCUGGACCGGCCGCUAAGCAGCUUGCGGCGCCAUUACGCCAGUCUGCGCCGCGAGUCUGUGACGCUCGACCUGGGAACGCAGGCGGCCCACCUGCUACAUGGAGGCUCGGUGGCAGAUGGCAACGCCGCCAAUCGUUGGUACGACAAGUUUAUGCAGAUAGUCGUCAGCCGUGACGGAAUCAACGGCAUCAUCUGCGAGCACUCGGCCUCGGAAGGAAUCACCGUUCUCAGAUUCUCUGAAGAGUUCCUUCAGCACAUGCAGCAGUACCAACAGCAGCAACAAACACCUCCUCCUGGGUCACCCUCGAUUCGAACGAGCUCCCUGUGCGCCCAGUACCCUGUGUCGCGACUCAGCUGGGACCUUGGUGAAGACGUGCUCAAGGCUCUCCAGGACGCCAUCAAGGCCAUCAACACCUUGGCCGAAGAUGUCGACCUGUACAUUGUGCAUUUUCCCAACUACGGAAAGAACUUCAUCAAAGAGCAACGCAUCAGUCCAGAUGUGUACAUACAGCUGGCUCUGCAGCUCACAUAUUACAAGGUGCACCGCAAACUGGUGUCGACGUACGAGAGCGCGUCCCUACGCAAGUUCUAUCUGGGCCGCGUGGACAACAUCCGUGCCGCCACAGCGCAGGCGCUCGCCUGGGUGCAGGCCAUGUGCGACGCCGUGCCAGCCACGGAAGAAGACAAGAUCCAGCUCUUCCUGGAGGCAGUGGCCAAAGGGACUGAAAUACUAACAUACACGGUGAACGGCGAAGGACCGGACAACCACCUACUGGGACUACGGGAAAUGGCCAGGCUGCAUGAAACGCCGGCGCCCAUCUUCAACGACAAGUCGUACGCCGACUUCCUCCACUUCAGACUGUCCACGAGCCAGCUGGCCACGGACAAGGGCAUCCUGGUGGGCUACGGCGCCGUGGUGCCGGACGGCUACGGCUGCGCCUACAACAUCGGCGCCGACCAGGUCUCGUACUGCGUCUCCUCCUUCUUCAGCUCGCCGGAGACGUCAUCCGACUUCUUCGCCCUCAGCCUCGAGGGCAGCCUGCUGCAGAUGCGAGAGCUCUGCCUCAAGCGGGCAACGCAGCUCAACAUGGCGCCGCCUCCGGCGCGCAGUUAGUGCGUGCCGUUCGUGGGCAACGAAUGUCUUAUACCGCUCCGCCUUCUUCCCUGCCCCCGAUGGCACGCAUAACACAUGGUUUGAACUUUGAACUACGAGCUACGUUGGCGACGUUCGCACAGGCAUUCUCCGUUUCUUAGAGCGUCCUAUAUGACUGCAAUAUACCGUCUGUCGCUUCCACUAUUUAAUCGUCGGAAACGACGAGUUUUCGCUAGGUUGAGUCAUUUGUCAUUUCGCCCCCACCCUAUGCGACAUCAAGGGUUCUCUUUUUCUGCGUUUCUUUUUCCAAACCAGAAAAAAAAAUGUUUCGGAACAGUGCGCCAGCUUCGUGCUGUCAUCAGAUGCGACUGUUUCGAGUGAUCUUUCCAUCCGUUACGUAAGCGACGGUAUUUUUCUGGAAGGCUGAAACGACACGCGAACGGGUGGUUUGGAACGCAAACGGCACCUUGUGUAAAAUGAUAUCGAUCCUGGAUGCUGCAAGUGCGUUAGAAAUGGCCUUUUCACGUCAAAACCUGAACCAUGCCAGUUGCUUAUGUAGUAGAUGACCGUAAGAACACGAUAUGACAUGCGUCCUCGUUAAUAUAAACUGAUCUGGUUCAUUUUGGUCCUGUGGCGUAUACGCCAAAGUCGCUUUUUCACAAAAUGGGACCCGCAUCCUGGUGCAUGCUAGCUGCCACGCAGCUUGUGGCUAUCGCACUCGCCAUGCGUGUGGGUAGCCUGUAGCAGUUUUCGCGUCACGCGCUUAUACUCGACUAAUCAAGGGUUUCAUUAUGCAGCCUACCCACGAGGGCACUAAGCAGCGGUGCCACCGGCACAGAGAUGCAAAGUGCCCUUUGCAUAAAACUAGGAUUGCUCAUGCAUAUUCCUUGUGACUAGCUAAGUGCCCGUUUGCUUGCGAAGGCAAUUCUACGCGAAAAAGGGUUCUAAAGAAGCCACAACUACACUCACGCCCGCCCUUCACACCGCACAGCGGGUUACUUCUUGCGAAACAGAAUUGAGCUUAACAUUUUGUACUUAACUAACUAAACACAGAGUAUGCUUCGGCGUAGAAGCAUGUAGCCUGUUUCAGGUUUCCAACUAUGAGACGCGGAAGCUAGACAAGUAUACGCAUGGAUUCGCGAUGGAACUAUCAGUGUGGUAAAUACGGGGGCGAAGACGGCUGACGCAACGCAACGGCGUCACUCGCCUUCUUCGUCGUCUCUACAGCGCCGCCAGUUCUUUCAUUACUCCAAGCCGCGUAAGAAGGUACGGGUGGCUAGUUUCGCCAGUUCUGGUGUAUUGCAGGUCGUUUGGUUUCCGAGUAUAACUGCGGGAGGGAAAAAUGGACGAGUUCUUGGCAGCACGUGUAUAGCGACCUCCGAGCCAGUGCGAAUCAUGCAUAGAUAGGACUCUAAGUACACAAAAGAAGAAAUAGUUUGGAGUAUCUAUCCGCGCAGUUUCAAAAGCCCGAACAAGAAUCACUCAGUUACGUCGUACAGCUGCAAAGAAGACGUCAAAUUCUAGAAGUCAAACCGGUCGCUGGCGGGAGUGGUUAGGCCAUGCUUUACUGCUAGAGGAAGCGGCCUCCUUGAUAACGACCUUCCCGCAAGAAUGGAGGCCGCCAUACAGCUACCUGCGCUCGCUGCUGAGAACAUUUAGCACAACGGCUAUUUUAACAAACCGGCUAAUCCCCGAAACAGUGCUGUAAAUGAAAACAUUGGAUGGCAGUUGCUACUAUCAGAAAAAAAGAAAAGAAACGAUGGCAGGUAACUGAAGCGUUUAAAAUGCGAGCUCUAAUCACGGCCUGUGAAAGCGCUGCAUGCUUUUUACCAUUGUGGCAGGAAAUUGCACACGUCUGGCAUGCAUGUUCAACGUGUAAAGGAAAGUAAAAAAGAAAGUGAAGAAAAAAAAAGAAAAAAAGUGCUUGAUAAAUUAAAAUCACCAGCAUAGCGGCAUUUCCUAUUCAGAGGGGCUUGUGCUGCCACCACACACGUAGCCUCCAGACUUCAUGACUUCGCAGGCAGGCCUCAAUAAGAAGUUGCAGCGAUAAGACGAGCCAUUCUUUUACAGGGAUGGAACGAGCGGCGUCGUUGUUUGUUGUUGAACUCUCCAUUACUUUGUUGCUUCUUCCCAAGUGACAGUUUGCAUGCCGCUUGUUAUUUGUUUCCCCAUAUUAACAGGGAGGUUGUGAGAUGGUGUUGUUAAGCGUCCGCCGUGUUUUCUUUGAGACUAGUGGUUUCCUCGCCACCUCGACAAAAUGACGGCACCGGUUGAUGUAAACACGCGCAGAUUCUCAAAUUUACUGCGUCCACGACGACAGAGUUCUUGGUUUCUGUAUCCUUUGUUUCGAGAUAUUUUCACCCCGUUUAUCUUUCACAAGUAUUGCAUACUGCGUUUACCGAAAUGCAUCUACAAGCGUUAAUCCGCCUUGAAUAUUCUUCCUCGGCAACUGUUCUUUCAGCCACUUAGUUGGGCUGCACAUUUCGAAAACAAUCAAGUCCUGAGUAAGCUGACAUAGUUUCUAUUUAAGAUGUGUUUAUCAAUACGAAUCUAGACAGAAAAAGGUUACUCGAAAGCAGUCCAAUGUUUCUAGGUAACAAAGCUCCCUUCCGUGUGAGGGGCGCAAUAGUACCUAGGGCCGUACACUCCAAAAAAAGAAAAAAAAAUAAGGAAUUAUUCGAAGUUUAUACAACAGGAUAAUGUGCUCAUAUAUCACAGCCAUCAGGUGUGAAGCAGACAUUUACCUAAGGUAGCACCAUACGCUUAUGACACAGCAUUUCUUUUGUUUCGUUUUGUGCAACCUGACCAUUUGCCCGAGGCAUUAAAUUCCAGUUCCCAAUCGCAUAGAGGAACUGUGCCGGUAUAUAAUUUUUCAUCGUCCAAAUGUUUCUAGAGUAAUUUUUUCCCCUUAUAGCAAACUCGUAAAAGUGAUUCAAUUUUUAGUUGAAAAACAGAUAAAUAACUCCGCACGCAUUCUCAUUUAUUCCUUUUUUCACUAUCUGGCAUCUGUCCAGAACUGUCUGAAGUAUCGCCUUACUCUGUUGCCUCAACGCUUCGCUGUGUGGGGAAGGUCGUUUCCUUUUACUUCUGCUUCUUAGCAACGAAAGACGCUCGCAAUGUUAUGUUGUUAUUUUUCUAUCAGUUGAAGAUGAGUCGUAAACGAAGCGACGUGUAUGUACUAUCUGAGUAACUUGGACAAAAAGGGUGCGUAAUCAGCGUCAAAACUCCGAAAUCUGCUGGAUGCCUUGCUCUUCGACAUAGAGCCUCAUACAUACCACCUCAUAAACGGCUUCCCCGUAAUGGUCAGUUUCGGUCUGUGUGAAUGCGCCAGAGGCAACGGCGACGUGCUUUGCCACGCAUACCUCGUAAGCCGUGGGCAAAACUGCCCACUCACAGAAAGAAACUUCAUAACAGAUAGAGCGUUGCUGGACAUACCGCUUCCAUCUCAGCCAUAGAACGAAUCUGUCACACGAAAGUUGUACAACACUCAUUGACGAGAAAAUAAAACAACCCCUAAAUGAUUAAGCAAUCGUAAAAUUGUUGCAUUACAGCCAGCUAUAUUAAUUCAUAGUUCAAGGUUCCGUGCGCCCCUACUGUGUCCACGCAGACGAAAAAUUUGCGACGGAGGAGGCGAGAAAAGAAAGAACAAAAUAGGAGUCUAUUGAAGAAAUAAAGAAAGGUAUACCAGAUGUGAAAGCAAAACACCGAAGCAAGGCGGCUACAAUAAAUGCAUGACAAUUCAAUUUUUUAUUACGCUUUCACGCGAAAUCUUUCCACACCAGCACGUGUGUGAAUAUACAAUACACUUCGAAUUCUGAUGUGCUGGAAAUUGCACGAAGAUAUAUCAGUUCGGAAGCGAGCAGCUCACGCGGCACUCCGGAGUUGCAGAAUUGCCUGGGCUCGAUUACCAGGCACCCUAGUGCACCCAAAACAUGGAUGUCGAUAGCGCUCCUUUGCACACAUAUCACUGCUCCUCCUUGAUUCACAGCUAGCCUACAAAGUCGCUUACCGCUUAAUAAAGAUUGGCACGUUUAUAUGAGAACAUUCGUAAUCAUCAAAGGAAGGCGGGGGGGGGGAGUGUACCACGAUAAAACACGGAUUUUAUGUAUAAUUUGCACGAAGUACAGUUGGUGGCCAUGAGUUGACAGACAAGCGGAAAAUUUAUUUAUUCACCACGAAUUUCUCACAGAUCUUGCGGUUCGCAAAGUGGUCGUCCCAGAUGACGUUGUCGGACACUCAAGCUUCAUGAGUGGUUCAAUUUGAGCACUGAUGUUAUUAACGAAUACUUUCGAAAUUUGCAGAGCCUUGAGCAUCCACUAUGCACGACUAAAACAAAGGAAUGAAAAAUAAAAGAAAAUGCAAAAACGGGCUUUCGCCGGUAGGCUUGCUAGCUUCAAACGAGGAGCUAUUAGCUAAUAGCUGCAUUUAUAUAUUGAUCAAUGUAGGCGGUAGUAUACGGCUCAUUGUGUGUUCAACCGUGAGCAGCAAGAAAUUCAUAUCAGCUGGAACGGCGAGAGUCUGCGCCCAUGCGGCUUGACUACGCUUCGCUUGCAACUCUCCUCGCUAACGAGGCAUGCAAAUAAAGCUAGCAAGCAAGGAAGAGGACAUCGAAAAAUGUAAAGACAAACCGACGGGCAAAAUGACUCGGCCGGCAAGAGGUACGAAUGGGUGAUUUCUUUAGAAUUGCUUUAGAACAGAGGGGUAUAGGUAAGUUGGUCGUUCGCUCCGAUAAGUUUCUUUCGUCCGGAACAAAAAAAAAAAAAAAAAAAAAAAAAAACCUCGAGCAGCUACGUACUCUAGAACACGCGAAAAAAAAAAAAAAAAAAAGAAAAGAGGAAAGUCUAUCUGAGUAGUUAUUGUCUUCUGUCUGGUCACGUGGUCUUGUUCACAUCCAAAGAAGGCUUUCUUAUCCAUCGAUGUCGUGUAUCGUGCCAGCGCUUAUUGUGAUAUACAGUUUUGGGUGGUGCACGAACUUUAGCGGAAGAAAUGAGUCAGCAAAAAAAAAGUGAAGUAGAAAGUGCGUUUACCAAUGUGAUAUGUGCAUUUUUAAUAUCAGCACAAUAAACGGGCGCUGCACAAGGAAACACUAGUGUGUUAGUUACCGAUAACUAAGACCAUAGAGAUUAAGUUCUUUCAAACGCAAAAACAUCACACAAGUUUCACUUCAGGGGCAUCAAGACGUGGUCGUAUUGAAGAAUAAUUUGUAAUUUCCGGACUAUAUUCGCUACUGAAGGGUAAGCUCGCCUCUUUUAGUUUUUUAAUAAUAUCUAAGACACGCAAAAGUACAUCGGGACGACAUGAAAAUGAGAUAUGCAGUGUGAGCGUACCCCUUACACAGGAGCAUGAUACAGACCCAACUUCACAGCGGCAACGCUACACAUAUGCCUCCUUCACCCUAUAAAAGGCAAUUACAACCCGUAAGGUCAUUAUGACGCAAAAACUAUCAUCACCGAGUCAGUCUUAAUGUAAGAACUGAUUGUUCCACAUGCAGAGCUGUCGAAGAAUGGUAACAUAAGGAAAGGCUAAACCAUACCACGAGCAAGAAAUUCGGCUUAGGCCUCAUGGUCACGUAAUAGUCAAAAGCAAAACUGUAAAUCACAGGCGACGUCUGCUUCUUAUACAAAUUAGUCGUAACGUUUGCUUGUUCUUUACCGCUCCACGGUGAAUAGGAGGUUCGCUCGCUUGCGAUUGCAUUAGCAUCCAACACUUUCUUAAGGAAAAACGUGCGUACUUUGCCCGCAGGUCUUCACGAAUAUUUUAAUAAAAAUUGGCUUCCAAUAUGCAAUCGAAUGCAAAAAAAAGAAAUACUAAUUAGGUGUAAUAAGAGGGAUAGGCGUCCUAUCGAGGGGCAUCCUUCGCUCCAGAGCGUGAAAUUGGUGGGACGAAAUAUACCGACCGCUUUUCUUGGAAUACUAGUGGCAUCCGCGGCAAAAUGAUGGAAGAUAUCGAUAUCGAGAACUCCAUGUUAUGAAAUAUAACGCAUUGAGAAAAAAGAGGGGAAGAAAAAAAGAAUCGUGCUAUUACGGUCGUAGGACACGAGCGAAAAUUAAAUGCGAGGAGAGCUUGCAAUUAAACGUAUGUUGCAGGAGGACAAAGUUAACACUAAGCACGUGCUAGAGUAAAGCUCGGAUAACGUCCAAACAUUGGGAGACGCGAAUUUGAGACAGGCGACUGACAGCACGAACCCGCCACGCGUACGACGCAUGCUAUAGACGCCCAAGAUCUGUGAAAGUAAUUCGACACUUGUUCUGAAAGCUGUUAACGCCACGGUCGUUUAGUUUGAGAAACCGGAUAAGAGUAGUGAAGAAUAUACCCUAAUGGGGCAGCUUUUAAGUUUUAGGAAUCCCUCACUGUACACGAUAGUCGCGUAACUGAUAGCUGAUAGCAUCACAGGUCAUGCAUGAGCCGUUUAUACCGUCCGUCCCAGCUAACGUUAGCCAAGCUGUUCAAUGAAAGAAAAUUAUUAAUGAACACGGUGCAAGAUGCAAUUAAAAAACCUACUGUGCUCGGUUGUCAGAGGUUUGAAAACUGAACAGUGUAGGUCUUAAGAUCGCAUCUUUUUUUUUCCAUUGGUCAGUUUGGCUAACCUUAGCUGGGACACCUUAUAUGCGGCGUGAUUACUGAGAGUCAAAGCGAAAACGCUUUGUACUGACCAUGAAGUUCCGUCGGGACGCAAGGUGCUAAAGAGAAGGUCGUUUCAGGAGCUAAAUGCGACACAACUAAGAGCAGCUUUGGUCAGAAACAAGCCUUAGGCGAAAUAAACCUUAGUAAAGAAAACACCCGUGCUGCGCAGUCCGAGCCCGUUUGUACAACUUCGUGCACAUCUGUCGCUUUUAUUCAGAUCGCUAGUUCGCCGGCGUGAAGAGAAUAUAGCGCUAGUAGACUAUGCUGUCGUGGACUGACUUGUGCUGUCAUGUUUCAGUAUUGCCAGACAUAUACAACAAAAUAAAUCUACGAAGUUUUCUGGUCAUGUAUCUUUCAAGUGAGAACGAGUUGUACUUUCUCCUACGUGUGAAACAGUAAAAAUAAAAGAAGAAAAAAAAAAACCGCCGCGGUGGUUCAGCGGCUAUGGUGUUGCGCUGCUAAGCACGAGGUCGCGGGAACAAAUCCCGGCCGCGGCGGCAGCAUUUCGAUGGGGGCGAAAUGCAAAAACGCCCGUGUCCCAUGCAUUGGGGGCACGUUAAAGAUCCCUCAGUGGUCAAAAUAAUUCUGGAGUCCCACCCUCCCUACGGCGUUGCCUCAUAAUAAAAUCAUGAUUUUGCCACGUAGAACCUCAGAAUUCAUUCACUCUAAACCAGGAACAAUUAUAGUUUUGUAAAUUUUGCUUACUUUAUUGCGUGAUAGGAUCAAUUGAUAGCAGAUUCAUUCGUAUCCAUCCGCAAGUCAAGAAACACAGCCAAGGUUUCCUCGCUUUCUUACUCUGCCUUUUUUUUAUUUCCUCUUUUUUGUUUCAUGUAGAUGCGUUUUUGACAUCGUUGUGUCAAAUAUGUAAGCUGGGAAUAUUUGUGGGCAUUGAAACGGGCAUUGAAACGACGACGCCAGCUCGCGAAUUCAACCAUAUCGAAGAGGGCAGCGAACGCAUGCGCGAAGCUGCACGCUCAAGACGCGUCAUUUCCUAGCUUUGAAAUGUGCAAUGACAAUCACACGACUACUUAACAUCCUACCACGUCAACCCCUUACAUCUUUACUUUAGAGGCCUGUAAGAGCAAGAUAGUACGUGUUUUUCCGCGUAGCUUUAGGUCACGGUGUUGUACAAAUUUGAAGCAAAAAUAUGUUAGCCAAAAAGUUACCUCUAUUUCUUUUUCAUGCCGACGAGUUGCAAAUGUAUACAUUGAACCGUGUUUUUCGCAAAGCACUUGCGCCUGUCUAAACUGGCUAAACGGCACUUGCAUGGAGUUGUACGUUUUUUUAUAUUGGUUUUCGUGGUAGAACUAGUCCCAACUCAGGUGAAAACGUUGUUGUUCACGAGUAUACUAUAGUCUGCCGAAUAACUGUAUGCAUGCGGUCAAUUUUCCAGUCGUUUGGGUUGCUGAUGUAAGUUUUCUAGGUGAGAUGAGCUUUACAAUAUAGUGUAGCUCUAGCAGGUGACUUUCAAAUGAGUCCCCUCACGGCGCGUACUUCUCUGCCGUGGUCGCGUGAAAUGUAGUCGGAGUGUCUGACGUGAAAAACUUAUUGAAGACUGCAAAAUCUAUUGUAGGUUUCCUUUACCGUUUUGAGUGGUGAUGCAAUGAAUAAUAAUAAUAAAUAAUCAUUGCGCGUAGUUUGGCUGCCAUGCCAGCAUCAGGUUGCUUUAGUGAUGAGUUUGUUAAAACAUUUUGAUGCCAACCAUUUGUACAUUCGUCGCUGCUGCCGUCGGUAUUGUCGCUUCGUCCUAGAACGAAGUCAGCAGCCACGCCUCCUUCCAUAGUCUGUCAUUACCUUUGCCAUUCACUGUCUCCACCGGCAGCGCCAGAAAAUGGCCCGAAACUGCAUGCAGCAAUCGCACGUCUCAGCCUUCGAAGCUGUUGUCAGAUGAUCGCCAAGAAAGGCGUGCUCUACGCGCGAUUCUCUGGGAUAAUAUCGGUUCAAUUUAUGAUAAAAUUCCCACUAUUCAUAAGUAAACAUGGAAAAUAAUGUCGAAGAAGAGACAACUUCGCCCACUGGUGGGAGCCGAACCCGAGACCUCCGCAUGACGCUGGCUGGCUCCCAGGGUUAGGUUACUAACCAAUGCACUUAACGCCGUAGCUCGAUUGGUAGAGUGUAUCGCACGUGUGAUACUAAGGUUGUAGGUUCGGCUCCCACCGGUGUCAAAGUUGUCUUCGCUUCCACUUUGUCCUCCUUGGUCCCUUAUAAGGACUUAAAUUUAACCCCCAUCCUUUAUUAUUUAUGCAGUUAAUAUCCCCUAUGCUUGCCUUGGCUUCAUUAUCUGUUAGGUUUUAUGCCUGUAAAGCAUAUACGUACGAACGUUCGCCGUUAACUUGGUCACAGAAAUGCCUCAGUGCGCAUUAUAUUUAUGACGCGAUAGAAAUAAGCUCUCGUUAUUUUUUUCUCGAUUAAACCUUUCUUGAGACGUGCGUUACCUCUGAGUGACUGUAAGGGUGCAAGGACGUCGUGCGCAUCCACCCUCCGCGCCCGAGGUUACAAAUGGUGCUGGGGUGGGUUGGCAGGUAUACUCUCAGGGCAGCAGCAGCCAGCAGCAUAUAGCGAACACAAUACACUGAUUUCCAGAAGUAGCUGUUGUAAAUGUUAUCUUGGCGAGUGCACAAAGAACAAGUUCCGGCGCUAUGUGUUUCCACUGUUAGUCGCUUUUGUUUGCGAUUUUACAAACAUUUCAGGCCCCUUGCAUGCAAUUGCAUUUCACGUCGACGCGAGAUGGUGUUAUGCUCACAGAAAAAAACGAACGGCUAUAUUCGGUGGCUUGAUGGGUGUUUAUUGAACGUCCUCGUUCUUUCCACUUAGCACUUGAUGGCGUAUCCGUAAGCUGCACUUUUAAUUCCGGCUACAGUUGCGUAGUUAAAGCAUUAAUUUCGUAGUGCGGUGUCUUCCCGUAGUGCCACGUUGGUGGAACAAUUUCUUCUUAUUCUUUCCGUUUCUUUCGUUUCAGAGUAGCUUUGACCGUUUACGAGCGGUCCGCGAAUGUUGACACAAACCCCUGUGCAUGUGCGUAUGACAAAGAAGAAAAAGAAAAUACCCACGGAAAUGCUCACUAUACACAUCUGUGUAACCUUUCCUGGAGCAGAUAUCAACGAUCCUAUCACCCUUCUUCCUUUUCUGUAUCUUCUUAAAUGCGUAAUGGUAUCCCUCUUCACGCAACUUCACAAAGCAACUAUAAGACUUAGCUCGUAUUCACAAAGCCGCUAUAAAAUAUACGUGCCAUAAAUGCAUUUAUACAAUUCUUGUGCUGGUCACGCCCUAACCAGCAGAAACAUUGUAGACAAAGAAAUGAGGCUAUCACGGGCAACAUUCUCAGGCGGCCCAUUCCAGCGAUUAAAAAGCUUGAAAGAAAAUAAAAUAGUAUAUUUGUGCAAAUUGGUAUUACGGUUUAUUUCUUCAGGCGGUCACUCGGCGCUGAAACUGAAUUUGGCCGAAAUGCAUAAAAUACUUCAAUUACCAGCAGUUUGACAGUGUGAAAUGUAUAGUACUGGCAAAAAUGUUCGAACUCGUCUACGGUUCUGCGGUGGUUCUCAGCCAAGUAUCAUACUAUACGCGUAAUAUGCAGGGAGAAUCGGCACUUUCGCUAUUUUCCGUGUCAAGCCAGCGCAUUGUUGUGAUUUCGUUCAUUAUAAAGUUUGCUUGGCGUCUUCAUCAAAAUAGAAAUUAGAGAUGUGAAGACCGCAAAAAAGAGACAUGCAGAGUCCUGACUUCCAACUGAUUCACUGGCACGGAAAACCCAUACUUAUAGGCACGUAUUGUACAGUAUGAAAAACCUAUAUCGCAGACAAUCGGAUUUGAGCAAACUGGAUUGUUCGUGAUUUUUGUUUCAGUUGGAAGUCGGCGCUCUGUGGUUCUUGGUUUUGUCAGUCGUCCCUUGUCUAAUGCGCUGUGUUUCACCCAGUCUGGCGCCCACGCACCUUCACGCACUGAUCUUGCAAGAACGGCUUACGAACUGUUUCCUGGGAUACGGGCGGCCUUCUGAAUACGAGUCCCGAUUUUAAAAACUGCUGUUGCGUCUUGUAGUUUGGGUGCCUCUCGUGUAUCUACAAAACAGCCUCAUGCCGUCAAUGUCUGGUUAUCACAGCCGAAACGUCGGCAGUGCAGAUCUUGCUGUUGUAACUCAUAAAGACUUUGUGUACGUGCUUUUGUCCCCAAUCAACCCCACAGGUACAUUUUAUUUUACCUGUCCGCAUACGGCUUUUAUUUUAUCCCUCGGCUGAUCACAGUUUCACGUGCGCCAACGUAUAAAAACUAUCAUAACAUAUCGAAUAACCCGAUGUCAUUUCCCAUAUGUGUGUGAGUAUUUCUUCUCCGUGUGUUCCUUGGGAAAAUCGUCACCAUUCGUUGCAAGAGGUGCAAAGCAUUGUGAUUCAGUACCUAUGUGUGUAGUAACCUAUCUGUUUAAUCCUCGUGAUCGGAAGUUGACCACAGUAGCACCUAAAAAGUGUUGCUAAUAGUAUACAUCGCAUACUAUACCGUUAGCCAGUUGUUUUGAUGAAGUUCUGAGCGAGAUAAAAAAAAGGAUGUGUUGUCGUUGUUGAAAAUUUUCUCCGUGUUGGCUGUUAGACCGCGGUGUUAUACAAAUGUGGUUUCGCGCAAUAUUUCGCGCUCUCUCUCUCUCUUUCUCAUUCAUCAGUGCGCAGUGCUGACAACUCUGCAUUUACCGUGUACCGUAGUGAGUUAAUUAUUCUAGUACAAACGAGUUCUGCCGAAUGAGCAGCACGUACGUUGUGUCAUUUGCAUUGUUUGCUCGCAUAUUCUUUCUUUUUAUUGUUGUUAAGAUUAUCGCUAUUAUUAUCCAGUGUGAUCUCGUGUGCCAACCCCUACGCCUGUGCGACGCGCUCAGCGCUGUUAUCAAAACUGCCGUGAUGAGUCUGCCGCGCAAAAGUUGUGCUCUCGGCGUAGUUGGUUAUGAGCCACGAAUGACGUGUACCACCGUGCCGAAACUUCCAGGCCAAUGCAUGGGUGUCAUCAGAGCAGAAUAUGCCGGUACCCGUUGGCGGGUUGUCCGCUGAUGUGGUCCCCGGUGAUUGAUUCGUUGAUUGAUUGUAAAUUUUGGCAGGGAUCGUUGCCAGCCGUUGCACAAUAGAUCGUUUGAUAAUGAGGCAAAAUAUGAGCCCUGUUCAUUCGAUGGCUGUCAUUUCCAAUGCCUCGGGGCGAAGCACGAGCCUCACCACCCGAUGACCUGGAGAAAGCACUAGCGUGUAGCGGCCUGAGAACUUUCGACACGGACAGUUAGUGUAUUUUUAGUGUGUUGCUGAGCAAAUGCAUUAUGUGUCUCUAUUGGUUUUUUUUCUAACUCUCCCUUUGAUGUUGCUUACAGCGACAACGUACAACAAAACUCACAGAUGGCAAAUACUAAGCAUCGUGGUCAAAACUUUGCAAACCGUUACUAACAACACAGAUCAACUGACACCUACUACAUGAAAAAAAAGAAGAUACAGCGUCAUCAACCAACCAAGUGUGCGAUGUUUCUGAUGUAUUAGGCCAUUCUCCUCCCCACCUUUCCCUAGUUCGCUCAUCUACCGCUUCCAUUUGUUUUUUUUACUUUUUCGUCAGUUCUGACCGGAUGAAGUUCACAGAGAUAAACACUUUUGAAACGGAAGAAGCAACUUAUUUCCUUUGAACGCGGGUACGAUACUGCGGAGGCCACGCUGAUUGUGCAAUCCUUAUGAUUGUCCUCCGUUGCCCGCAUAGUGAGCGCGGCACGGUUUCCAAAUGUGAAGACAAAAGAAUGUGGCAUUUACUUUGAAGAGCAUUUAAUGUGUACCCAGUAUACAUUUAAUAUGCAUUUAUAGGCAUUUACCAUGUUAUUGAUAGGCAUAAAAUGGCGCCCUGAGUAGUUUAUUGCUUUUCUUUUUCUUCAGAGAAAGAACAUUUGCACUAAAGCGCACUCACGCACAUACACAAACACGCAGACACAAAAAAAAUUGAGCUAAUAAUUGAUACAUUUGCUUGAUGAACACGCUUAUAUUACUUAUAUCACAAUAUAUCGCAAUAAAUUAGCCCAGGCGUGACUGUAUAGUGUAACUACGUAGUGGUAAUAUUUUCGCUGAAAAAACAAUGAAGGAAACAUCGAGCACACGGUCCAUCUUGCUCUGCCAGAUGAUUUUUUCAGGCACGAAGAAAGUUAUUCCAAAUUUUAUUGGCGCUACAGUUGAAAGCAAAUUUCUUUGUCAGACUCCGUGCUUCUCAAGUGGCAGACUCAGCUUCUGGAACACGUUCCAUUGUUUAGUUUGUUCGGCGGCAGAGAACGGGUGACACGUCAUAUAUAUGUACAUAUGUAUAGCUUGUUCUAUUCGAUGAAAUCCAGCGGGAAUCAGUGGUGUGAACCAUGGAUCCACAGAUGGUUGUCGGGUGGGUAACUUGGAUGCAGCCCCGCUUUUGACAGGUAUAGUGGCGCCUUGAUGAGCGCAUUCUAGAACAACUCCACAUAAGGUGGGCGGAUUUUAAUGUGUUCUUACGUGCACUCAGUGGCGUUCUUACUUGAGUGUGUAUCUCCUUAUAGUGCGGGCUUAACGGACGAGGUGGCCCACACUAUAUGACUGCUCACAAUGGGAAACCGAGUUUUCUUCACACCCCGUAAUGAGCCCGAAACAAAAUAUACGAAGCCGAGUUCGGCUAAUUUGACUUCGGCUAAUUCAAGUUCGAAUAAUCUUACCUUUCGUUUAGAUUGACGGCCUUCGAAAGUUUCAAAAUAGCUCGUGCUUGUUAAACACUUCCCUUAAUUCAAAGUUUGGAUAAUGCACAAAAAUUAUUUCAUGUUCAUCGGUAGUCAAAUUAACGGAAGUCGACUGUUCGUCUUAGCAGCAGGCGACGCUAAUCAUCAAGUGUAUUGUUUUCCAGACAUAAUCUUGCAGCUCACACUGUUCCGCACCUCUUAUAUUUUUUUUUACCUUUCUUCACACGCUGGUCCCGUGAUAAAUUAUUUCAGUUUCCUUUAUUUUUCACUGUCAUAGAUGUGUGCGAAUGCAAUUAUGUGGCAAUUUCCAGCUAUUAGCUUCACGAUUACACCGUUAAGUAUCUAUACAAAUGAAAAUAACAGAUGCGUAUUCCGAUUUGUAUAAUCUUUAAAAACUUAUUUUUUGUGCAUAUUACGCCAGUCCGCUAUGAUUGGGCACUACGUCUCUACUGGUUAUCGAUCUUCCGUUAAGCUAGGAUAAUUAUAGUUGGCGCCUUUAGCCGAAUCCUCUUUCAUUUUUGCCGCAAUUUACCCCGCAGCUAAGAUGGGAGAAGCGGACGCAGCUGAGUUGUGACGUUCCCUCCGUGACGGACAUACCGCCACGCGUGGGAACUAAGGAUAAAGCCACGGCUGUGUAGGCGUCCACUCCAUAGUGGUGCAAUAGGACCAGCGUGGCAUAUCGAGUGGAAGCUUAAAUACUUUAUAGCGUUUUCUUCGAAGACGGGCAACGCACUUAAGGGACCCGCUGUUCUUGCUGAUUCAGCAACUGGAAAUAAAUAGCUACUGACUUAAGAAAUAAGAAAAUAACGUUUUCAGCGGUCUUGCGCGGUGCAGUGUAAGUUGACUUGCGAGUUUAAAAAAAAGAAAACAACAAGUGUCUCAGGACGUGUACCGAGAUAUGUGCACAGGGUACGUAUUCCACAGAGCACGUUAAGGUAUAUAAAAUAUAACGCACAGGUCUUCUGACGUUGGCAAAAAAAACUUACAAUAAUAACACGAGGCAGUUCGUCAUCUUCCAUAGUGCGGCACGCAGUGAUGCGGUUUAUUUUAUUGUUUCGAGGUAUUAGUCACAGUAUUAGGAACUAUGUGUACUUCGUUGACUGCCAGUAACGUCAGUGGAGACAUCCACAUCUCCAUUCACUAAAUUGUGCGUGCGCUAAAUCUCCCGUUAAAUACAGCGGCUGAGAAAUGAAGACAGGCAUGCAAAUUAUGCGCCAACAAGCAAGCACAACCAAAUCCACUCUUCGUUCGCAAUGCUUGUCGCAUGCUAUUGCGCGCGUUCCUACAAACACACGAACGUGUCCUCGCAACGAACAGAGAUCCUGCCCUGAAUGACAGGUGCAUGUAUGAGGCCGAUACCUAUUUCUCGAACGUGUCCGCCGACAACAGCGAACGUGUCCUGUACGUCACCAAGUGUCGACGUAUACAGUGCUCCCUGAUCCCAAGCCCAUAUGAGUCGUAUAUUCCAGUCUCGUAUAUAGUGUACAUAAUGUGAGCCCAUUGAGGCGAUUAACAUUCCCUCUCAAGCGCGAUGUGAUAACACGGCCGCCUCAGUAGCACGUCCACUGAAUCUCUUCGUCGCACUGAAUCUCUUGCUCGACUCCGCUGCUCGACUCCGCUGCGGUCGGUCGCGUGUAAUAUACUGCACCUGUACAGAACUCUCUGCGGAACCAACCGCGCCGGAUAUCCAUGCUUGCUAUAGCCGAGGCUGAGCGACAUUUGCGCUUCAUGCAUCGCCGCCCUAGCGAGAUCCGAUUCCAGGAAGACGCAUUUCAUUAAGGCGCUGUGUAUACGCCGUCCUGCGUGGUCGUCCAUAGGCCGCCGCGUUGCGAUAUGCGCGCUUUGUUCGCGUCGUUGUCUUUCUGCGUCUCUUGAGCCGGACGCAUUAGAGGGCGGAAGGGGCAGUGGUAUCGUAUACAGUGUUAGUACCACGGGCACUUGCCUCCGCUCAGGCAGUCGUAACAGUUGCAUGUCGUGCCAGCUAGUGUAUAGUACGUGCAGUAGAGUUUGCAACCAUCAACGAGCUAGAAACUGGCAUAUCAAACUGAGAGACUGGUUGUAGUGUUGCAUUAUGGCGUGUCAACUCAGCGCCACCGCGUCUGCGCAUUAACAACCAGGCGUCGUCAAGGCGGAAGCCCCAUAGCACCAAUGAAUACCCGUAGAACUCGUAAAUUUCCUCAUUUCCUCAUUAACGAUCCCAUCAAGAAACCAAGUACAUCUUUUAGCGAUUCAAAGGAUUUAGAUGUUGGCAGAAGCGCGUGAAUUGUUUGUGGUAGGAUGUAUCGUAUGUAAGACCUCUAAUCGCUUGUAGCAUGACGCACUAGCCAUAACGUGCGUAUUAUUUUAGGCCGGACUGCAGAAUCAUCUACGUCGGCUGUGGUCACAUAUCUUGUAUGAAACGAAAAACUCCGAGGCUAAGCAUUUCUCGCAAAUCUCAGCGAAAUGCAUCACUGGUUUGUUAUUCACUGCGCUGGAAGCUCAGGGUAGACAUAUAGCGAAUGUAUACAUACAGAACGAAGUAGCUUGACCAGGGCUGGCACAGUUCCUGCAUAGAGACAAUUAAUAGUGAUAGGCAAGUGGGAUACACCAGCCCGUGUAGUCGACGGCUUAUGUACAGAAAGCAAAACACCUGAACGCUCGGGGACGCGCCGUCACCAUAUACUAAACUGAAACGACUGCACGGUGAACGAGCAUCAAGCGAGCGUCCUUAUCAAGCCGUGAUCUUGGUUUCUUUAUGUUCGCCCGACGGUGAGGCGCAAACAGUAACGUCACUCAUGGGCUUCUACUAAGGGCGUGGCUGUUGCGCUCUUCGGCUGUUCCGUUUCGCUUUUCUCGGUGAAUUUGGCCGGAAUUCAUUACGCUGUAAAAUUUACCAGCCUCAACUUUUUUUUUUUUUUUUCAUUUCUGGAAAUGGUCAUGAGCUCCUAGGAUGGCGCGCUUUCAGUCUUCCUUUGAGAUGAAUCGCAUAGCUCUUUUGGCUAAAAGUAAUAUCUAUAAUUUGCAUAAUUACUUUUUUAAUGACUACAUCGAGUCAUUUUCAAAUCAAAUUUAUGGCUCUGUCCUGAAAUCAAUACAGAGAAAAUAAUUUGGUUAUCUUAUGUUCCCUAUUCUGAGAAAUCUCGAACUCAUUUCGUGAAACGUACCGUAUACGAUGGCCUGCGCUCCCACAGCAAACCUAGCUAUGACAAAGGAACGAGGGCGGUGAUGUGGGCUUGUUGGUACAUCUUGACUAAUGCUCAACCUCCUUUAGAGAAGAAAUGAGCGCCUCAGGCGUCGCUGUCUGAACGAUGGAAUUGUUGGCGUUCCUAACUGACGCCACGUGAUGCGCAGACCUGUAAACUAGCUAGAGCAGAUCGGCUGAGAGCCAGUACGCGUUUAAAGGAGGGCACUAGCUACCAAGAGACGACGUUUACCGUUUUCAUGCUUUCGUCACUGUCCGCAUUGCUAGGGGAAAUUGGCCCGCUAACUUCACAUCACGGCUCGGGAUUUCCUCGACACCCUCGUUAUCUGAGUCAUGCGACGCGCGUGACUACGGCUGAACCACUCCCACAUUUGCUAGAGCGACUGUUACAUUUUUUUUUCUUCUCUCCAGUCUAUCGGCGCUCUUUCUCCAGCAUAAUGUUGCUGACUGCCCGCGCAUUCCUUCUGCGCACCCUUUGUUGACGCGCCUCGUGCGUUUGUCCUCGAGCUGUUAAGGUCUCCAGCAAGAAUAGAGUUAUCAGCGUUGACUAUAGGUCGCGAGCAACAGUUCCUGUAACAGACCAUCCUUUGAAAAUACAUAUUUGCAAGAACGCCGCCACAAAGGCGCAACUUUGUAGCUUAAAGAAACCAAACCGUUCAACAAGCCCCAAGGCUUCUCGUUGCUUCGAUUUAUUUAUUUAUUUACUUAAAGCUAUAAACAGAAUAAAAUGUCGGCUUAUUAAGGGCAAUGUCGAUUGAGCCUUUCCCUUCGCGCUUCAAGUCAACCCUCAACAGAAGGCAAAUUUAAAUGAAGGUACAGGGGCACCGUUUCUGAUGGCAUCGCACAUGCAGAGCCGACAAAAGCUUGUGUUCCAUGGGCAAAAGCUUUUGCUCAGAUGAGUUCACACACUGUUUGCAUACUUGGUAUCCACCCAUCCAGAUGGUUCACAAGCAGCUCGUUAACCGUUGUUCAACUGCAGCACGGACCGUGUCGUAAGGGGCACGCGGCUGCACAUACACACAAGUAAUAAUAAUAAUAAUAUUUGGGGUUUUACGUGCCAAAACCACUUUCUGAUUAUGAGGCACGCCGUAGUGGAGGACUCCGGAAAUUUUGACCACCUGGGGUUCUUUAACGUGCACCUAAAUCUAAGCACACGGGUGUUUUCGCAUUUCGCCCCCAUCGAAAUGCGGCCGCCGUGGCCGGGAUUCGAUCCCGCGACCUCGUGCUCAGCAGCCCAACACCAUAGCCACUGAGCAACCACGGCGGGUCUACACACAAGUAAACUAAAUAGCAAAGGGGCCUCACACUUAUCGCGUAGUAGAUGGCUAAUACUGUUGCUCCCAAAUUUUGGAGAUUUCUUGUAGUUCUCAGAAGCAUUUACUAUAUAUAUUCCUCUCCGUCGUGCACUCCUUGACCAUUGUACCGGGAGUUAUCGUCGGGACAGUUGUUGUUUCGCACAGAGCGCGUAGUUCUUCUUGUCUUUUAGUCUUUGUCGAUGCGUCGUGCCCUUUCCCUGCGUUUGACUUUCUUGGAACAGCUGAAGCCUUCUCGUGUAGCCCCGCCGAGAUUGUCACAGUUAGUAUAGUUCGGCGCACGGCGCGCGUAUGCAUGAAUGCGCAAUAGUAUAAGUGUGCGCACGUGUGUCGUCAUUACGCAUCUGCGCCACCGUGGUCGCGUCUGCGUGCAUGCAUGCGUGUGUGUGUGUGUGUGUCUGUCUGUCUGUUUGUCUGUGAGUUGUUCUGUGUGACUAUAAACCAGUGCUGAUCUAAACACACUGUAUUGCAAGCGACAAUCAACGAUCGUGACCCUCGUUUACCCCCGACCCCCGUCGUGGAGGCAGACGACUCCGUGUCACGCACGCAUUUAGCGCACACUUGUUGUAUUUCACGUGCACUCGCCCUUUAGCUGCAACACUUCUUUCUCCUUCACCGCACUCGCUGUUUCUUGUUCGUUCGCAAGCGGUAUAUAGUCAGUAGCAGUAUAGGAAGUUCACGGGCACAUGGACGUAUAUCAUGCGCAUGGCAGAGUGUGCACAGUAUCAAAUGCCUCAGUGAGAGGCGUGGGCUGUUAUGUAGACGCGCUUUCCUUUCCGUGUUGUGUGCGCGUCCGUCACAGCGUGUGUAGUAUAUCUCUCAGCGGAGUGUAUAGGAACCGGUUGGUCUAUAUGUUUCGGCACAUCCGCUAUAGUCCGCAUAGCUGUAACGUGAGUCGUACUUUGUUGAUAUUCACUAUAAUAUGCAAGGUGGAGCUGUCGGCGGCUGAGACACUGUUGGAUUGAGCAGCGGGUCUCAGGUUCGACUCCCGCAUUCGCUAGCUACUCUCCGCGUUUACGGAAGAGUGCCAAAAAAGAAAUGUGACUCGAACUGAUUGCGCAGCACGGUAUGAGAAGAACGCACGGAAACACCAAUGGAUGCCAUAUUUUCUAAGGGUAGUAUGAGUGACUAUUGCUCAGACUCAACAUGUUGUCAUCAUAAGGUGAUGGCUACAAUAUGAUUCAGGCUCAACUCGCUUAAACGCUCCUUCUACAAUUGCUUUUCUUGCUUUAUAUUUUGGUGCUUACAUUAAGCGAGCAUGGCAACCUUUGUCAUGUUCUCUUCUAAACGCACGGAAAAGAUUCAAUUCCCAUUGUGAGCAGUCGUUUCUAAUAAGCAUCAUGAAUAAACAAAAACGGCGGAAAACAAUGGUUUACACUGUGGGUACGCAUUACUCAAAUGGUGCGAGAAAUUUGUCGCAUUUUCUCUUAUAUCGUUUCUGAUUACCUGCUUUUAGUAAUAUUGCCGCGGUUUCAAAACACGUGACCGUAUUCACAAUAUCUCUGCAAACGCUCCUUUAAGCCCGUUCUCUGACGAUGUUACAAACGAAGCGAAGCAAAACGCGCCCGCUCGGUUUCGUAACUUGCCUGAUUACGCAGAAUUGUGGACAUAAUACUGCGAGACGUCGUUCUUCGUUUUCACCUUGUUACUGAUGUUGUUCUUGCACCAUCACUAAGAAAAUUAAACUGCUAUAAGCCAGCUUCGCAUUUCCAAUGCAUUGCAGGCCACAAUGCCUCUCAAAAAGGUGCAACCAUCUUGUAUGCACAUGAUUAAAAUUCAAGUUUAUUCAAAAGACGAAGAGUACACACGAAAUAUUGUAUAAAACAUCAGGAUCCCUAGCUCAAGACUAGUUGGGAUACGUAAUUGAGGGAAAUACGAGCAUUAAAUGCUCGCUUAACUUACCCAGGAUAGUUUUUCAGGAUGUAAUGGUUGAAGCCGUUAGUCUGCCAUGCAUGAUUUCAUGCUGCUUUCGGUCUGGAAAUAAAAACCACACAGCCACUCGGUAUUGCAGAAACAACCGUCGCAUGUCCGAACAUUAAUUUCCACAUGAUGUAUCGCGAUUUAGAGAAAAAAAGAGGACAAAAGAAAAAGUCGCAGCCGGUGUAACGUAGUUCACAGAACCCAGCCACUUUGGCAGCAUUUUUAUUCCUUUGGUUGUAUAGAACGCGCCGUCGCACACUUCCCUUAUUUCCUUUCUUCUUUUAGUUCCUUUUUUUGUUUCAUCUGCUGUUAAUUAUCAACUAUUCUGAAAUUAAUCAGUGCAGAAUAGAGAGUACACCUGCCUACUGGCGACCAACUGUCCGAAAUUUCACCCGAGCCGCCUUUCAGAUGGAGGUUACUUUUCGCCAUUAAAGAUAGCAAUAUGUACCGUUAAGGCAGCCCUAGAUCAACAUUGAGCUGCCUCGUUCCCGCGUGCUAUAGAAAAGAGAUGAGAUUUAAAAUAUAAGUAACUAUAUAGCUUACGUAGCCAGUAAUUACCCGAUCAUUUAUUCGCGGCUUCUUUUGGGUUCCUGUCAUUGCUAGGAGCGCCACCUUUAUUUAGUUUGAUGCAACGAAAGCAAAGAGAAAUAGUUCGUGUAUAUAGACGAAUUGGCAGAAAGUUGACGUCUUUCCUUCUAGCUUAUUACGCUAUCCUUGAGAGAGAGUAAAACUUUAUUGAGAAAGGGCAAGAAAAAAAAAACGAAAUAAAAUGUGGAGCCCAUAGUUCAGGGCCGCGCCGGCUUGAGCGGGUCGCUGGGCUUGGUCCAGGACAGCCAGCUGGCUGUCCUGUUCCUCGAUCGCAAGCCAUGCCUCGCACUGCAUCCUUGAAGUGGCUCCAACAUUGAGACAGAACCAAACCAAACUACGCUCUUCGCAAAAACAGCAGGCAACUUCGCUUAACCAGACAAUUACAGUGUGUGUGGCGCUGUCCCAAAUAGAAAUAACGAUUUAAGUUUGCACAUUCGUCUUCAAAACGACAUUGCUCCACAUAAUACGCCUGAAAACACACACAGGCACACACACGCAUACACACACAUAUAAAGGUUAUUUAUUUAUUUAUUUAUUUAUUCAUUUAUUCAUUCAUUUAUUUAUUUAUUUAUUUAUUUAUUUAUUUACUUAGAUAUACAUAUAUUUAUUUAUUUACUUAUUUUGAGGGGAGGGGGGUAGUCUUUCAGUCCGAGCAAAUUCGAUCAUCCUUUCCCAGUGAUGUGACCCAGGCAAAAUAAUUCGGGCCAACCUCUCUCAGCCUUUUCUGUAAUAAUAAGUCUCUCUCCAAUCAGGAGAGUACCAGCCGUCCCCCACCCACCACACUCCCAUAGAUGUUGGGACUUCCUGUGGCGAAAUGUGAGACGCGCCCGAAAUGACGUGGAAAUGGAGGGUAUAAAGAACUCAAGGAGAAAAAAAAAUAAAGGAAAAGAAGAGAAACGUGAAGUGUAAGGAAUGAACUCUGUUGUGUUAGCGUCAUUUCCUCUUGAUUGUAUGGUUAUCUCUGUACUUCGUGUAGUAGCAAUAAAGAACCUGAUUUGUUGAAGCUGGA